GGACACUUUGUGUCUAAUAUAACAGAUGUUGAUUUUGACCAUAGUCUUUUGAUUUGGCACAUUGCCACCGAGCUGUGUUACCAAGAAGAACCUUCCACCAAAGACACUAACCGUGUGAUCAGCAAGAUGCUCUCAGACUACAUGAUGUAUCUGUUGAUCAUGCAGCCCAAGCUCAUGUCAGGGGUAGCUGAUAUAGGGAAAGUCAGAUUCAGAGACACCUUGGCCGAAGCUGAAAGGUUCUACAAAAAGAUGAGUAUCAGAAACUCCAGGAGUGCGAAACUAACCAGCGUACGUAAAGAUCCUUUCGGUGGACAAUAUUCACUGAGUCUGGAGAAAAUUUUAGGAGAAGACAUGUGGAAGAUAAUUAGCAAAGUCCUCUUCCAAGCAGCAUCACAUUGUGAUGGUAAAAUGCGUAUAGAGCUUCUUAGCAAAGGUGGAGAGUUCAUCAACUUCGCUUGGCUACUGAUGGCUCACUUUGGCCUAGGGACUUGAUUACCUAAAGAUCAAGAACGAUGAUUCAGAAUCAAAACUUGAAUAUGUCUUUUAUAUCUUCUUGUGUUUUUAAUACUCUGUGUUUCUACUGUUGUAUUAGCUUCAUCAAAUACAAAAUCGAAC